GGUUCACGAUGCAUGUUUAUUGUUUAUUACUUGGUUACGAGUUAGGUGGUACAAAGAUGUAAUCCUCCUGGGGUUGUGUUGCCCUAUGAGCUUGGAUGAGCGUCAUGCCAUCGUUCGCUGGAUCGUUGGAUCUUUCUUUGUUGGGAUCGGGCCCAUUCUCGGGAAAUCUCUUGGGGGGGCGCCAGCUAGAUGGCCACCAAGAUUAAAUGCUACUCUGGUUUAAACAUAUCCAUGAGGCAGCAGACGCGACAGGUUCACUCUCGCCCAAGAACGCAGAGUCCAGCCAAUCAUGGUAACCGCGCUUCUCCGAGAGCACAGAGCGUCCAGCAUGCAGGUUCUUCAGAUGUGGAAAAAGCGCACGAGACCAACUCCAGGAAUUGUGCUUUUAUGCGUUCCAACUGCGCUUACGAGAUUGAAAUGCCUCAUUAUCUCCGUAUGAGUUUGCAGUUUACAGACCGCGUUCGUGCUUUGCUAGUCGUCCUCGAAGACGCCCCAAUAAUGUUGUGAAUGGGAUGUUGUACGUGUCCGUAGCACUGCGAAUACUUGUAAAAUGGCCCGAAUUGUACAUAUUAAUCGCAAGAGCAAUUCGGCCUUCUCUCGAAGCCAAUCAGGUGUUGUG